AUGAACACCGGUGACCACGGGGACAGACCACACUCUCAUUAUAGAUACUGGUCACUCCUGGGCGACCUUGAGGAUGUGACACGUCGCAGGCAAUUGGCCGAGGCUGCCUUCCGAUCCAUGUGGUCUCUUUGGAAGCGCCGAGGACUGAUCCGAGAGCCGCUGCGUAUGAGGUUGUACUGCGCCUUUAUCAUGCCGAUACUUCUCUAUAAUUCAGGCACCUGGGGCCUGACGGUUGCUAGCGAACGCUCCCUGGACGCUUUCCAUAGAAGGCAACUCAGGUCACUUCUCGGCAUCACAUGGCCACAAAAGAUUAGUAAUUUGGCGUUGUAUGCCCGAUGUGGAGUGGAACCGGUGUCGGACUUGAUCCGAAAUUCACGCUGGAGUCUAUUCGGGCAUGUGCUUCGCCUGGGUAAGGACACGCCAGCACGAUUGAGCAUGGAGCAAUACUUUCAGGCACCCGAGGGGAGGUACCGUGGGAGGCCGAGGGUGACACUACCAAUAAAGCUCCACACCGAUCUGUCGCAGUCGAACAAUGGGCACCUGCGGAGUGUUGAGGACUUGCGCCGUCUGGAGCGGAUUGCUGUGGACCGUCCAGCAUGGAACGCGCUGGUGAAGAGUGUUUGUGCACACCCUCGUCACGAGUAG